AAAGUGGUGAAAACAAAAAUAAAGUAAUUUGCAAGUUUUGCUUCGUUUCCAAAUGGUACGCGAAUGAGCAACCACUUAUUAAAAUGUUUGAAGUGUCCAGAGAAAAUUAAGAAAUCACUAGGCUCAGUGUCUGCACAGGGUGAGCUCAAUCGUGGGUCUUGUAGUAAUAUUGAUGUUUAUGAAGAUGCUGAUAAGGAAAAUGCUGGAGGCGGCGACAACAAUAAUUUAGGUCAUGAUGAUACAAACAUUGACAUGGAAAUUGUGGAUAUUAAUAUUGAUACGAGCCUUACGUCGCCAUCGACAAGUUCAUUUAGUACUUUAAGUGGUGUUGAUGUUGAUGCUGGAGGCAGCACUGGAAACGUUAAGGACAUUAAUGUUAUGACCGGCAGGAAGAUCAUUAAACACUCACGUAUGGAACAAUCGAGCAUAAUAUCAUUCACAGAUCGAAUCUCAAAGAAGGAGCAAAUAUCAGCAAAUGCCGCCUUUGCAAGAGCUAUUUAUGCUGGGGCCUUACCGCUUUCCAUUUUUCCUGAAAACCCUUUGUGGAAUAUCGCAUUUAAUAUUUUGCGGCCAUCCUAUAAACCACCGAACUUACAUAGUUUACGGAAACCAUUACUAGAAGCAGAAUAUGCUCGUAUUAUGAAAUUAGCCGAAGAGAAGGUUCAGAACUCUCAAUGUUUAACUCUCAUAUCAGAUGGUUGGACUAAUAUUCGUGGAGAUAUAGAAUAG